AGUGCCUUGCAGAACCCAGUACAAGGCACAGGACACACAUACCUGCAGAGGGUUAGACUAAUUCGAAUUUUAGAACGUUCUGAGCUGGACUGGAUGUCUUUAGAGGGUUCCCCAGAGAAGAGAUCUGCAAGCAGCCCUUACCUGUACCAUCUUCUGACCCUGUGCACAAAGAGGAGAGCAG